CUUCCUCGUUAAAAUUACGUUUUCUUGUAGUGAAUAAUUGGAAAAUAAGAAAGAAAAAAAUACAAGUUAUGAUAUUUUUCCAAUAAAAUAUAAAAUGAAAACAUGACACGUGGGUUUUCAAGUCCAUUCUAUUAUAAAUCAGGCCAUCAUGUAUCCGAAAUACUACCAUUCAAAACAAAACCAUUGAUUGGAUUCAUUUGAAAAGAGCAUAAGAUCUGAGAAAGAAAGAAAGAAAGAAAGAAAAAACACUCAAAAAGUUCAUAACUAUUUAUAAACAGUUAAAAAUGAAGUCGAUCGUCGUGAUCCUCCUUACGUACCUUCUCCUUGUUGCGCCUUGCUUCGCUAUCGGAUCGGAGAACACGAAUUCGGAUGUGUACGAGAUCGAUUACAGGGGUCCGGAGACACAUAACUCUAGACCUCCACCAGAGACUUUACAUGGCAAGCGACCGUUCAUCCACCAUAAAACCUCCGCCGCUGGAUCCGCCGGCGCUCAUGUUGGAGGACAGAGUAAGAUGCUCUCUACCUUACUGGAUUACUCAUUAAUAUAUUUAUGGCAUUUAGUUGGAGAACAUAAGAGCAGGUCCAAUGGUGUAUCUAAGAGAAAUUUAGGAUAUGGUUCUAUCUAAUUAAAUGCCCAAAAUUAAAUCAGAAAGAGAAAAAUUAGGUAGAUAUGGUUCUAAAUUUAGAUGUUUUGGAACCACAUCUAUGCCAAUACGUGUCAUUGUCUGAUUUGUUUUAUUUUAUUUUUUUUUUUUUUAAACUCAAUUGUUCUCUCUCUCUCUCUCUCUUUCUGAUUUCGCGGAAAAAUCUCUCUCUCUUUGCUCGAUGAACUUCGGCGAUUACGCCAAAACUCUUUGUCUCUCUCGAUCUGUUGAACCCGAGAUUACAGAGAAUCCCUUUGUAUUUAAACCUUCCGAGGAGCUCUCCGGCAGCCAUGUACGGCGGAGGUGUGUUUCUCCUUCAAACAACGAAUUCGCCGGACCCUCUGGUUUCUCCGACGAGAAGAAAUCUCACCAUGUUCCCCUCCCAUCGCUCUCUAACGAUCAGGUGAACAGAUCGGUAUAUGGAUCGGUGUGUGGAUCGGGUUCUGUUUCAAGCGUUAGCUCGUCUGGAUCGGGGUGAAGAUCAUGUGAUCAUCUAAUUGGAGUCAGGUUCCUAGGUUCGAUUCAGGAAACGCAUGAUGUCUACAAGAAACAGCAGAUGGGAGAGCUAGCAUGGCGAUUAUAACUUAAUGUCUCAAGCAACUAAAUCAGAUCGCAUGGCAGCUACAAGUUACCUCUCCAAGGACUGUUCUAAGUUUCCAAGAAUGACAAGUCACCGUUUCUCUCUGCAACAUUAGACAGUGUCUCUCAAACAUCUAUGCUGUAAUAUUUAGUCUAAAAUCAACAUCGAACAAGAUAAUAAUUGAACUGUUUUUGCAUAAUACGCAUUGUUAUAACACCUAAACUCCAGAAAAAAAAGAAAGAUAAUAAACUUUUGUUACAAUCAAAUAGAGUAGGAGAUAUUUUAGGAUAAUCCAAUUGUAAACUUGCGGUCCAAGAAUUUUGUUACAAUAAUAAACUUUGUUACAAUAAUCAAAUAGAGUAGGAGAUAUUUUGUAAACUUACUUUAGAAUUGUAUUCCAAUUAAUUUGGCACCACAAAUUGUAAACUUUUUAAAUUUCCAUAUUCUAUCUAGCAUUUUCAUUGUACUCCAUUCCAUAUUCUAGCAUUUUGUAAACUUUUUAGAAUUGUAUUCCAUUUUAUUAUGCACCACCAAUUUCUAUAGUAUACACGUCAAGCUUUGUCUAUAUAUUUCACAUUGCAUAGCACAAAGUUUAUUACAAACCUGAUAAUUCUCUCUAUAUCAUCUUCUUCUUCUACUCUUUACUAAGAAUUCCCUAUAUCAUCUUCUUCUUCUUAUACUCUUUACUAAGAAAAAUGGCAUCUUCUUCCUAUGAUAUUUUUGAGGAAACAAUCGAAGAAACAUUCGAUUCAGCAUUGAAUGAAAGUAUGGAACAAGCUUUCAAUGAAGAAUUCGAAAAUCUAACCGUUCGUCAACAAGCAACAAAGUCAAAGAAAAAACGAGCCUAUAUUGACAGAGAUCGUGAAGACGGUCACAACCGCCUAUGGAAUGAUUAUUUUUGUGAAAAUGCAACAUAUCCUAAUCAGAUAUUUCGACGCCGGUUUAGAAUGAACAAAUCCUUGUUCAUGCAUAUUGUUACUCGACUCGCCAAUGAAGUUCCAUUCUUUCAACGAAGAAGAGAUGCUACCGGAAGGUUCGGUCUCUCUGGACUACAGAAGGCCACGGCAGCAAUUCGUAUGAUGGCAUAUGGUUGUGCGGCUGAUGCGGUUGACGAAUACCUCCGUCUUGGUGAAAGUACUGCAAUUUCAUGCUUAGAAAAUUUUGUCGAAGCAAUCAUAACUUUGUUCGGAAAUGAAUAUCUCAGAAAACCGACACCACAAGAUCUCCAACGACUACUCGAUAUUGGAGAGAUUCGCGGAUUUCCUGGGAUGAUAGGAAGCAUCGACUGUAUGCAUUGGGAGUGGAAGAAUUGUCCAACCGCUUGGAAAGGACAAUAUACACGUGGAUCUGGAAAACCUUCAAUCGUUUUAGAGGCAGUUGCUUCACAAGAUCUUUGGAUAUGGCACGCAUUUUUUGGACCUCCAGGUACCUCAAACGAUAUCAAUGUUCUUGACAAGUCACCGGUUUUUGAUGAUAUAUUACAAGGUCGAGCUCCAAAAGUGAAUUUCUUUGUCAACGGACACGAGUAUCAUUUGGCUUACUAUCUAACCGAUGGUAUUUAUCCGAACUGGUCAACUUUUAUCCAAUCUAUUUCACUUCCCCAAACUCCAAAGGCAUCCUUAUUUGCUACGGUACAAGAAUCUGUCCGUAAAGAUGUCGAGCGUGCUUUUGGAGUCUUGCAAGCUCGAUUUGCCAUUGUUAGAAACCCAGCUCUUAUUUGGGAUAAGGCAAAAAUCGGCAAGAUUAUGAGAGCAUGUAUCAUAUUGCACAAUAUGAUAGUGGAAGACGAACGAGAUCGGCACACUCAAUUUGAUCUAUCACAAUUCGCACAACCGGAAUCAAACCGAAGUUCACAUGUAGAUUUCGGGUAUUCUACAGAUAUGCCUUCAAAUACGUCCAAUUUGAUGGCAAUUCGAACUCGACUACGUGACCGCAACAUACAUGAACAAUUGAAAAAUGAUUUGGUUGAGCAUAUAUGGCGUAAAUUUGGUACGCAAAAUGAAUAUUAAUCGUUUAGUUUUAUUUAUGUUUUCUCAAUUUAUGUUAUAUGUUUUUAUGUCAAGUUAAUUUCCAUUUUAUGUAAUUCAAUAAUUAUAAGUUUUUUAAGUA